UGUUGGGGAUGAAAUGCAGGACUCUGCCCACACUAGGAAAGCACUCUAUCACUGAGCUACAACCAAGUCUCUGAAAUUGUCUCUCAUUCUUUGUUGGUGUGGGUCUCGAUGAGAGAGACUUGGAUCAUCUCACUCAGUAAUAUGUUCCAAGCAGCUAGCACAGUGCCUGCGAUGUAACAGGUUCUCAAUAAACACUUGUUGAAUAAUGGAAUAGCCAGAUGGGUGGAUGUAGAUGGACCUGUAUCUUCUCAUUCCUGCACCUCCCACACGCACAUACACCACAUACACACAGAAGCACUCAUCGGGGUUUUUUUUUUUUUUUUGGCUCUGGGAAUGGAACCCCAUUAGCCUCAUGCAUGCUAUAGUACGUGCUCUACCACAGAGCUACAUCCUCAGCCCAAGGCUCUCAUUUCUUGAUGAACUGACCUGGGUCCUGAUCCAGUUCACCUAGGCAUCAUUGCAGAUGUUACCAGUUGGAAACCGUACCCGAGAGUCCCUUGUGAAGGCAGAAGGCCUUAGAAGACCUAGUCCUCCAUGUAGGAACAUACUUAAAGGGGAUAUUAUGGUUUGAAGCUUGACCUUGAACAAGCUGAAUUUCAAGUCAAACACUGUUACAGAAAAAUUUAUUGAGGAGUAGGCGGGGUGUCUUGAGGCCAUAAUGGCUUGGGAUAAAGGAGCAUGUGAGGCUCAGAGUGGUGCUACUGCCUUUCCCCAACCCUUCCUGUUCCAGGUAGCUACUGUGCCCUGUGCCUGCUGAGAGCACAGGCAGGAGGCUCCCUGGGUAAAUACUGCUUCUAGUUUCUGAAGCCUACCUGAUGGUUUGUGCUGAUGUUUCUGGCAAUAAGUCAGGGCUGGACCUAUUUGGUGGAUAGGGCACCAGUGGGCCACUAUGCCCCCCCCCUCUACACUUGACUCCUCCUCCCCUUGGAGAGUGUGGAGUGUUCUCUCUUCUGCCCAAGGAGAGACUUUAGAGGAUUGAGCCGAGAAAUGGCAGGUCUUCUUCAAGGUCAGCUUCAGCCCUGGCAUGUUCAAAGGAGCCUCUCCUUUCAAAACCCACGUUCUGAGGUUUCUUGCCUGUGGCCAGCUGACAUGGAAGGGGACCCCUGGCUGUGAAAGGCUCAUGCAGAUUGACUGAGGUACUGUCUCCAGUAGGGGCAGUGGAGAUCACUUCAGAAGAUGCAUUAGCUGAACAUAUGUAGCAAAGGCUACCUAAUUUGUAUUAUUCAUAUUGAUAUAGUUAAUCUUUGUAAGGGAAAAUAGAUUUGAAUAACCAUACCAUGACAAAAGGUAUUAUAGAUGCUGGAGUGAGGCCUGCCAGGCUCCAGUGUGCUCUGCUAUAUGCAGGGUCUUCAAGGCUUGUGUAUGACGUCCUGGAGGCAUUCCACCUGGUAUUUCCCUCCUUUCAAGGAUUAAAUAUAAAGCAUCAUAUGGUGUCAACCAACUAGCAGUCUUGAGCUAAUGGAUGAAGAAAAGCCCUUUAGAAUGAGAAGACUGUUUUCAAAGAAGUCAGCGUGAUAGCCAUUGAAAAGAAGGAGUAUAAAGAAAGGAUGGCUUUUAAAUACUGCUAAGUCUCUGCCAAGCUGUGAAGACACCAGUUUAAGCUGCUGUAGUUCCUCAUGACAAGCUAAACCACGGCCCUAGCUGUGACACCAUUGAAAAUCAUUUCAAAUCUUCUGCAGUCCAUAUCUUAAAUUUUUGUGUAUUGGAAUAACUUUAUAUAUAACACAACAGCAACGAUAAAAUUUUUAUUUCUCUAAAAACCAGGAAUUUUAGUUUAAAAAUGAAAAAGAAGUUUCAUUAGCUGACCUGGGUAUUGAAAUAUUUGUCCUCUCUACAGAGAGGCUCAGCCUGCAAGCCUUUGUGGGAAUGGUCUCUUGCCAGUGUGCUUAAAGCCAUGAAUUUGGGGGCUAGGGAAACACAGAGCCUUUUCCGCCUCUGCUGGAGCACAGUGUUUCUUCGGAGCCCCUUUGGCUCUCUGCUUUGGCUUCUUUUUGGCUUCUCUGCUGGCCUCUCUGCUUUGGCCGUUGGUGGAAUGGCCAAGGGAGCAUCUCCAUAGAGCUAGCUGGUAACCAUCAACCAGGCAAUAUGCCUCCCCAUGCCAGCCUACUUGGGUUUCUCCACAUCCUUGGUAGAGGACAUGGUAGUAUGCAGGUGUAGAAGGAGACAUGGGAGGCACUGCUGCUGGAAAGAAAACCAGAACUGAUUAAUUGCCUCUGCUUUGUACAGUCUGCCACCAGGACCUCGCUCUCCUGUUGCUUCCUGUUUCUGACUGAAGCCCUCUUCUCUGCUUGGCAUUCGAACACAGCCUUUGCCUGUGACCUCUAUGGAUGCUUUGCCUGUCUCCUCAAGGGAUGCUGUCAAAGUACUUGAGUUCUGUGGAGCCAACGGAAGCAGCAGAACAGGGUUUCUCUUCCCUAGUCCGAGAGAGAACAGUGAAACCUCAAAAUUACCACAAGCAGCACCCUCACAGUUUCUCCCUUCUACAACUGACAAAAAUUUCUUAAAGUCUGUCAUUUCUGAGGCUUAAUGAAAAUUAUUUUCAAGGUUUGGAAAAAUGGUCUAAUAUAAAUUGGUUUAGAACCCCUCCCACCUUGGCAGUUCCUUUUGGGGCCCCAUCAUACAGCUUGUUUCAAUCACAUUGAAUUUUACCCCAGUUUUUGUAGAUUUUUCUAAUACCUUUUUUGUUUUGUUAAGAUGGUGUUUUGCUGUGUUUCCUCAGAUAGGCCUGGAACUCUUAAGCUUAAGUGAUCCUCCUGUCUCAGCCUCCUGAGUAGCUGGGACUAUAAUUGUCACCUGUGCCCAAGUCUACCGUUUUCUGAAGGCCAUAUACUCAGACAGAGGGAUUAAGAGAAUGAGAUCCAAAUUCUGGGUACCAAGUUUAGGUCCAGUAGCCUUCUCACAUCCACUUCCUGAGACAUCAUUUCCUCAGACCUCCAGAUUUGGUAACACUGAGACUGUCCCUUCUGUUCUUCCCAACUGCAUGACACCACCCUUUUCCUCAGCAGUUUAGACUGGGAUGUACAUGUGAGUGUAUCUAUGACAGUAUGAUAAAGGUGCCUAGGUGUGAAGGUGAGAUUCCAUGAGAGGCCAAUAGCUGUCUCUUAUCACUUGAAAACAAAAGCACAUUAGGUUCCUGUAGGACUCUUAUUGAAAAGGAUCUGAUAAAGAAGCCCCCUUUCGUUAUGGUGAUGAGUGCUCUCACCCUGUUUCCCAGGUUUCAUUCACUAUGUUCCCUACCAACAUCCUUGAGCCCAACUCCUGGGUUUUUCACCUCUCAGCUACCCAAGCAGCUGGGACUAUAGGUGUGUACCAGUGUGCUGUGCUCUGAAGGAAGCAUUGGGGGAGUCUAAAGGGGAAGGCUAGAUUGAUAAAGAUUAGCACCUUUCUGAACACUUGCCCUCAGCAGGGAGCAGAAACACUGUGGGUCCUUGUAGGAGAACCAGACCUUUGGUCUUACUCAUAGCUAGGAAAGUUCUGAGGUGUGAUGGGGAAACCCAAAAGUAAUGUGUGGCAGUCCAGUGAGAUUGUGUGUUUACUAAGGGCUCCAUUACAGAUGCCUGGUCUAGGCCUACCUGCUGCACUGCUCUCCCAGGAAAUAGAGGAUAAGUUAGGCUGAAUAUAGAAUAUCUGGUCAGACAUUCUUUCUCGAUCAACCAGACACUCGGGUGUCUUGUAGAGAACUGGUAGAGAAGAUUCCUAGCGUUAACCUGCCAUGGAGACUGAGGCUGUGAUGUCAUCACUACUCAGGUCACAGAAGGAAUGUGUGACUUGAGGGGUAGGUGAUGAUUCUUGGUAUGUUAUGGAAAGCCGGGUGAAAGGAGAGAGCUCUGCUUGGGCACCCCUCUGGCCUCUCCCCCCAUAGUCAGAUAGCCACUCUCUGUGGAGCACAGCCCAGACCACAGAGGGGCAAGCAAAACCCAGAUUCUGAAACUGGCCUGACAGUCAUGAUUAACAUAGACAGCUAGGUUGCAUGACCCUGAUACUAAGUAUUUUCCUGUUGGAGAGGCAGAGAUUUGAGUGGAUUAGGGGGUCAGGGAAUGCUCCUUGGAUGUGAGCCUGAACAUAAGUUAAAAGACGUAGGUUGGGUGCGGUAACCCAUUCCUGUAAUUCCAAUGGCUUGGGAGGCUGAGGCAGGAGAUUUUUUAGUUCAAAGCCAGUCUCAUCAAUUUAGGAAGUCCCUGAGCAACUCAGUGAGACCCUGCCUCUAAAUAAAAUAGGAAGAAAGUGCUGGGGAUGUGCCACACUUGGUUGCUGCCUCUGAGAUCAAUCCCCAGUAUCGGGGAAAAAAAAAAAAAAAAGAAAGAAAGAAAAUGUGGACAUGUGGAAAAACAUUCACAUUGGGGAAAAAAAGCAAAGACCGGGUCCUUUUAAUCUCAUUCUGCUCCAAAGAUUUAUUCUUUGAUGCAUUGGAGAGUGUGGCCGGCUGUUCCUUUGAUCCUGAGCAAUACACACAUCUUUCUGAACACACACACAGAGAAAUGCACCCAUAACCUUCUUACAAGUGAGAUCUCAAAAAAGAGGCUAAGGGGCCUACACAAGGUCACACAGGUAGUACAGAGGUGUUCUGCUCAACAGUAGGGUUGUUCAUGUUGAGGUUCCAGAUUUAUAGCUGAUAGGACAAACUUGUCACAUUUCAGUGUGAUGGACACAGCGGAGGUUGUUAUAGGUGCUCCAAGGCAACAGGAGACGUCUCCAUUGACUUUACAAAGUAGGAAUGAUAGAUCUAUUUUAACAUAAAAUUUGAUAUGUGAUUAUGACAAAAUUCCCGUAUUAUCAUUUUAGUCUCCUUUCUUUAAAAAAGGCAAACAACCCAUGUGAUCAUGUAGCCCUGUAAUCCCAGCAACUCAGGAGGCUUAAGCAGGAGGACCACAAGUUUGAGGUCAGCCUCAACGAUUUAGUGAGACUUUUUCAAAAUAAAAAAAGGUGUGCAUGGUGCCAGGGCACAUGCCUGUAAUCUCAGCAGCUCCAGAGGCUGAAGCAGGAGAAUUAUAAGUUCAUAGCCAGCCUCAGGAAAAGUGAGGCUCAGUGCAACUCAUUAAGACCCUGUCUCUAAAUAAAAUAGAAAAUAGGGCUGGGGAUAUUCUGUUUGAUGGACAUUUAUGUCUGUGUAUAUUCCUUUGAUAUGAAUUAAAAGUCUUAAGAGAAAAACAUUAUUUUCUUCUUCCUGUGUUACGUGAAAGACUAUGCGACUAUGGUCCCACUGCUCCACUGCUCCAAUGAUAGCCAAUAGCUCAUCUUUCAAAGCCACAAGCAGUUCAACAGGCCCUGAGAGGCAUUAAGGGCAGCCUAGCUGACAUAUUACAGAUCUGUAUAACCUAGAAAAUGAAAAUCCUUCAUAAUCUCACACUUAAAAAAGUUAAUCAGGGGCUGGGGUUGUGCCUCAGUGGUAGAGCACUUGCCUAGCAUGUGUGAGGCACUGGGUUCAAUCCUCAGCACCAUAUAAAAAUAAAUAAAGAUAGUUUCCAUAUAUAACUAUUUAAAUAAAUUUUUUUUUAAAAAAAGUUAAGCUGGAUGCAGUGGCGUAUCCCUGUAAUUUAGGAUUAUGAGGCAGGACGAUUGCAAGCUUGAGGCCAGCCUCAGCAACUCAGCAAUACCUUCUCUCAGAAUAAAAAGGGCUGGUGAUGUAGCUCCAUGGUAAAUUUCUCCUGGGUAAAAUCCCUAGUACUGUCCCCUAAAACUAAGCAUAAUGGGCAAUAAUAUGGAUUUUCCUACACAUAUCUUAUGAAUAAUGUAUAAUAUAUAAAUAUGUGACCUGUUUAUACCUCCCUCCCAUGGAAUCCUGUCAUACAUAUUGUUUUGCCAUUUACCUUUCUACUAGGACAUUUUUGCAAGUCAGAUACAUUAGAAUUGGUUUCUCUAAUGCCUUUACUGGGGUGUCAGUAUUUUGCUGUUAUCAGUAAACUUCAUUAUAGGUACAUCCAAGUUUUCAUGGUUCUCUCACAGUUCUUUCUGCCAGGGUUGAGCUGUCGCUGUGAGAGAUCACCGAUUACUUCUCCCAACAUGUCUUUUUAGGCAUCUAAUCUGUUCAGCGCUCGGAUGAUAAUUACAUAUUCCCUUUAUAGAAAUGCUUUACAUGCUUUAAAGGUCUUAGUUCUCAAAACAGCCUUCAAGAUAGGUUUAUUUUCUCAUUUACCACAUUGUCUCUUUUUAUUAUAGUAGUCAUUUUUGAAAGUUAAUGUGGUAGUGUUAUGGCGAGGUUGCAAUAAAUCACUGAGUUGAUCUUAAAGCAGGAGAUGGAACCAUCUUUUUUAAAAUUUUUUUUUACUUGUAGUUGAGCACAAUAUCUUUAUUUUGUUUAUUUAUUUUUAUGUGGUGCUGAGGAUCGAACCCAGGGCCUCACACAUGCUAGGCGAGUGCUCUACCGCUGAGCUACAACCCCAGCCCCAGAACCAUCUUUAUUCACCACUGGGUGGUCCAGAUCCACCAGCUGGUGGGCCAAGGAGUGGGCUGCAAGUCUACCCUUUGUACCUCUCUCGGGGUUUGAGUUCACCUUUUAGAGUCCAAAACCAUAUUAAUUAUAAGUGGCUGUUGCUAUGAUUCAAAACCAUAAACAAACGUCAUUAGAUUUAAAAUCAGAAGCAGAAGUGGGGGAAUGGAUCAAAAUGACCUUAGGUGACUACAAGUUAAAGAAUGGUUACUAAGGUCUAGACAAUCAAUCUCUGACAGGGUACAUUGUCCGAGAAAAAUGGGAACCAAAGAGAGAACAAUUUUACAUUGUAUAUGAAUUGCCAUUUUGUGUUGCCAAGUAUGCUAUGCUAAGCAACUGUUGAUGGGGACAGAGGCAGGGAUUUCCCAUGGAAGAAGCAUUUUUUAAUGUGACAUGGAGUCUCAGAGUAAAAUGGAGUCUGUUUAGUCAUUGCCCAUAUAGCCUGGCCCACAAUAGCUAUUGUAGAGCUUCAUUAAUAAGGAGAGAUGAGAUAUAGUUGAUUUUUGUUAAUGUUCAAUUAAGUUGCUGAGAACACUAAAAUCACUACUGAACCAAGUGACCCUUGGGGAUAUACAAGAUUAGAAAUUUGCUAGCCUCUGGUCACAUUUUCAUCAACUGAUCACCACUUAAACUCAUUUUAUGUGGGUUUCUAUUCAGAGACUAUUUGUUUAGUAGAAGCUAGGGAUCAAACCCAGUGCCUUGUGCAUGCUAAGCAUGUACUCUACCACAGAGCCAAACUGGCAGCUCCACCCAAUAUACCAUUGAUGAACUCAAGAGCCAAUAGCACUGUAUUGUCAUGCUUAACCAAGGCUUAUCUAACACAAGAUUCUUAUGCUUAAGAGUACUAGACAGAACUUCAGCACUAUGCUUGGGCCCAUUUUAAACAGUGAGAUCACUAACAAAAAGCACAAAAAUACAAAAAAUGAAGGGCAAAAUAUGCCAUAAAGGGCACAUUUUUACAGUAUGAAAGCUAAAACAAGAAGACAAGUGACACCGUGUUUGAACUCAGCUGGAGAUGUGUAUGAAAGGUGACUCCAAUUUGUUGUCUUAGCAUCUGUCCCUGAAUGACUAGAAACACCACAUGUAUUGAUUUAGGGUUAUAAAUCAAUUUUACUGAAUAGAUACAUUUAAAAAUAUGUAACUGCAAAUAAUAGUGAAGAUUGACUGAUCCACUCCAGUUUUCUGACUCACUCUAAGUAAUGAAGAAAUGAUCACCUGCCUGUCAUGUGUAACUAAUUAGAACAAAUUAAAAAUUUCUUUUCAAAUGAAAUGAUCACUUGCUGCACCUCAAAGGAUAACCUUCCAGGAAAGCUUGGACCAGUAUUGAAACACAAAGUUCAAUGUAUGUACCUUCUUUCCAGUAUUUCAAAAAAUUAUAAAGUGCUAGUAAUCAUGCAGAAAAAGUGCAUAAAACCCAAACAUGCAGUUUAACAAAUAAUUAUAAAGUGAAUCACCCAUUACCUGUGUCGUGAGAUGGACCAUCAUCAGCACCUUAGAUGUCUCCCAGUGCAUACUUAUUUUGUAGGAAUCAUCUAUGAUCCCUUUUUUCGUUUUAAGGUUAUACUUGGCUGUGUUCACUGCCAGGGCUUAGGCUAGUCUGAACUUGCAUCCCAUGUGUUUGUGUUUUCUUGUAGAGGUGCUUAGAACAGUGGAUUUUGUAGCCCCUGAUGACCAAGUCAUCUUCCGCACCUGUGAAAGAGAACAGAGCAGGGUGGUCUUCCAGAUGUUGAUGAGAUCCUAAUGUCAAGUGUCCUCCUAAGUCUUCCUGUCUCCUGGAUUUCAUUACUUGGGUCCUGUGCUGAUCACUAUUGAGUGCCUAAGCUACUUUGCACAGCAGGGACUUCCUGAAGACUUGAUCAUUUUUCAGAGGGUCAUUCCUAAAUGCUUACAGUAUUAGAGACAGGUUAUGGAAAUCAAGCUGUCACAGUCUGUUACAUGCCUGCAAGUCUCAGAUUUAAUUUAUUUAAUUAUAGGAAUCUUUUGUUUUGGCAGCAUGAUAUUUAUUUUCAUUGAUUAUUCAUGUCAUGGUGUUUGAUUUUGUGUCGUCUGUAUUUAUUUCCUAUCAAAUGGAUUAGAUUUCUUCAAGAGCAAUUAAAUUUGGGGGUUUUUUUGGUAGCAGGAAUUGAACUCAAGGACAUUAAACCCCUUUUGAGACAGAGUCUUACUAAGUUGCUUUGAGCUUCGUUAAAUUGCUGAGGCUGGUUUCAAAGUUGUGAUCUUCCUUCCUCAGACUUCCGAGCCCCUGGGAUUACAGGUGUAUACCACUGCACCUAGGUAGUUAGAAUUGUAAGAACUAUAUAGCUCUCUUGUCUUGCUCUGGACAUUUCUUGGUGCUUUUUUAGAAGCAGCUCCUGAAGAUAUUUAGGUUUUAAAAAGCUAAAUGCAAUGGGUAGACAUGUGAUCAAGUAUGUAUAAUUAUAGACUCCAAGUUGUGAGUAUCUGAAUGUUCUCUGUAUUUUCAUAGGGCUGGGGUUGUGGCUCAGCAGUAGAGGGCUCACCUAGCAUGUGCGAGGCCCGGGGUUUCAUUCUUAGCACCAUAUAAGCAAAAAUAAAUAAAAUAAAGGUAUUGUGUCCAACUACAACUAAAAAAUAAAUAUUAAAAAAAAAAGAUUAUCUUCAUGUUUUUGUAUGUUGGAAAGUAACUGCAUUAAUGACAUUGUUUAGUUUUUCCAAGUCCAUCAUUUCUUUUACCAGUGGCUAAUUUGUUAGGCUGGCUUUUUGGGAGAAAACUGACCCAUUCUGCUUAUUGGCAUGAACAUGUUGUGUGUGGGGGAAGGGGUUGGAUGUGUUUGUCAUACACUUCUGCCUUUAUCAGGGCAUUGGUUAAUGAAGCCUUUUGUGUUUCUAGGGAACCUCAGAUUCAUAGUGAGCCCUUGCUGUGGCCAGGCUUAUAUAAAAUAAUGUAGGUGGUAUUGACGUCAACAUGGGCUGUCCAAAAGAAUAUUCCACCAAGGUGAAACAGAGGAGGAAUGAUUGUGAAUAGUGUCUCUCUGUGCUACCACAACAAACUCAUCUUAGCCCCUAUGGUUCGGGUUGGCACUCUCCCAAUGCGGCUGCUGGCCCUGGAUUAUGGAGCUGACAUUGUUUACUGUGAGGAGCUGAUUGACCUCAAGAUGCUUCAGUGCAAGAGAGUUGUCAAUGAGGUGCUCAAAACAGUGGAUUUUGUAGCCCCUGAUGACCGAGUCAUCUUCCGCACCUGUGAAAGAGAACAGAGCAGAGUGGUCUUCCAGAUGGGAACCUCAGAUGCAGAGCGAGCACUUGCUGUGGCCAGGCUUGUAGAAAAUGAUGUAGCUGGUAUUGACGUCAACAUGGGCUGUCCAAAAGAAUAUUCCACCAAG